AUGUUUUACCGCGUGUCCCUAAUGUCCAGUAUCGCGUUGAUGUUACUGAUCAACAUUCCUUACAAGGCGGCAGGUUCUCGGGUGCAAGACUUUCCAAUUCAUUCCCACGACGGACGCGAUCUGCAGCGCGGCUCGGUGGACGCUAUUCAACGUGUGCGCGAGUUUCAUUCCCGGGCCGACGGUGACAGAAGCUCUUGGCGAAGUAACAAUGCGAUUCUCUGUGACAAGAAAGUCAACGAUGCCAUGAAGACCGGGAAUUAUGCCAUCCAUUGCCAGAAGAAGCAGGGUUUCGAGUAUCGGACUCUCAAGACCGUGAUGCUUGAGAGUUUUUUAGAUACAGGUGACACUCGCUACAAGUGGCCGGUCGGUGAAAAGGGCACUUCCCGCCUCAACAACAACAAAGCCGCACCUGGCUUGAAAUCAUACAUCACGGACGCUGGUCGCCGAGCAACCGCCGACACUACGACAGCAAAUAUGCAGACGGCUGUGGUCGAUAUUCUGCACGCCGCCGGAUGGGUUCCAAAGACCAAAUACGAUGAGGGGAAAUGGAAACAGCUCGGCAAUCAGAUGUACGACCAGAUGAGAGACUCCAUCAUUGAUAUGGAGCAAGAGAUCGCCGCAGCGCCACUUGUUCAUUGCGGCAUGAAUCCAAAUGGAUACUACGACCCGCCAUUGAAGCGAAAGAAGGGGGGCCCACCCCCACCCCCACCCGUAAAAGUUCCUACCAAUGACCCCAUCACGGGUUGCUGCAAGAAGGAAGAUUACCCCGACUCCAACAUCUCUGAGAGAUGGCGCCCAUCAGACACCGACUUUCAGUCAGGAAAUGGGUCCGGUAGCCCAAACCAGUGCUCUCGCAAGAGUUGUGACCCAAAGGUACAAUGCUGUCUCAAAGCUGACGGGAAGACCCGCAAAGACGCGUCAUCGAGACGUCCUCCAGGUCGACGAGAGAUGCUGAGCGGUCCCAUAUUGGCCGGCCAGAUGCAAUACCGUGCCAAUCCCAACGACUGCAAGAAGGGCGACGACGAGGACAGAACGACAGUCAAUGAGGCAGAGGCCGCAAACGCACAACCCAGCGACGGUGGCAACCCCGCAAAAGGUGGAGAUCCAUACGCAAUCAGCCAGCUUAGGAAAGCCUUGACGGCAGGCUCCGUGCCAGCAGCAGCAGCACUUGCGGCGGCAGCAGUGGCGGCGCCAGCCGCAGCUGCAGCACUUUCAGCAGCGGCAGCUGCUGCACCAGCGGCAGCAACAGCUGUGGCUGCGGUCGUAGCUGCGCCUGAGGCAGCAGCAGCAGCAGCCGCAAUAGCAGCACUCUCCACCGCAGCUAGCACCAGUUUGCCAGCCUAUCAAGCGCUUGACAAUGCAGCGAAGACGAGCAAAGAAGCAGCAACCGCAUUUUCAAAACUCGGCUCUCCACCCCCUCAGGACAGCGGGCCGACUGGCGGAGAUGACGGAGGAGCAGGAGCGGCUACUAGCAGAACUUCUUCCUCCGUCCUGCCAACGUCGACUACAGCGCCCUCUGACUCCUUGAUUCCAAUAGCCGACAUGACAUCCUCUAACACUUCGCCAAAGCCCACUGCGACGCCUACCGAGACGGGACGCGACCCGACAGACACCACGACCAAGCCCCCGGGGAAUGCCGGCAUUCCCAACCGAAGAUUUGUCCACCCUUGA